AAAUCAGAGCAAAGGUGGAAACUCAGUCAUGUUUUUCAGACCAUUGGGGAUUUAUUUCCAUUCCUAGUGCAAAGUUUCUUGGUUUCAGCUUCAGCCCGUGGAGUUAUGAUGAUCAUCUCAGCAAUCUCUAAGUUUGUCCCACAUUGGGACACAGGUUUGCCAUUCUCUUCCUUCUGUUCUUGGUUUCACUUCAGAAAAAGGCUUGUGCUGCUGGAAGUGCGAGGGUCGUAGCACGCCAUGGUGUUGUAGCCACUGAUGAAGCAGAAUGCUCUACCAUUGGAAGAGACAUUCUUCGUCAAGGAGGUCAUGCUGUUGAUGCAGCAGUGGCUGCUACCCUUUGCUUGGGGGUAGUAAACCCGGCUCAUAGUGGUCUUGGUGGAGGAGGAUUUAUGCUUGUAAGGUCCUCUUCCGGCCAUGCAAAAGUAUUUGACAUGAGAGAAAUGGCACCAGGGCAAGCAUCCAAGGAUAUGUUUCUUCUGGAAAGUUUUUGUCGGAAAGAUGGUGCUCUAUCUAUCGCUGUUCCAGGACAACUUGCAGGUCUCUACAAAGCCCACAAAGAGUAUGGGAAGAUUCAAUGGGCAUCACUUGUAAAGCCAGCUGAGAUUCUCGCCCGUAGAGGUUUCAACAUUUCAGAAGCUCUUUUUCAGAAAAUGACGAAAGCGAAGGCAAUUAUCCUGGCUAAUAACGAACUUCAGAGCAUAUUUGCUCCAAGAGGAAAGCUGCUAAUUGAAGGCCAGACCAUACAUCUCCGAAAACUAGCAGAUACACUGGCAGCGAUAGCAAAAGAUGGCAUGAACAGUUUUUAUAAUGGAGUAAUAGCAAGGAGCUUGGCUGAAGACAUUAAAAAGGCAGGUGGAAUAAUCACAAAGGCCGACUUUGAGAAAUAUCGAGUUAUUACUAGGAAACCUAUAGGUGCUCGAGCAUUGGGAUAUGAUAUAGUUACUGCGCCGCCUCCUGCUGCAGGGGGCGCGAUGAUGAUUCUUAUUCUGAAGAUUCUUUCUAACUAUGGAACAAAUGGUGUUCCUAUCUGGCUGGAGAUGCAUCGUUAUAUUGAGGCUUUGAAAUACGCGCUUGCUCUGAGGAUGAAUCUUGGUGAUCCUGCAUUUGUAAAUGUGACUAAUGUCUUGCAAACAAUGAUUUCAACCAGCUUCGCAAAAAGUUUGAAGGAUCAGAUAAACGAUAACAAAACAUUUGAUUCUGCUCAUUAUGGUAGUAAGUGGAGUCAGGUAUAUGAUCAAGGCACGACUCAUAUCUGCGUUGUAGACAAUCAACGUAAUGUUGUUACAAUGACAACAAGUUUAAACUCUAUCUUUGGGUCAAAAUUUAUGUCACCAAGCACUGGGAUAUUUCUCAACAAUCAAAUGUGUGAUUUUUCCGUCACUUCAUCACAUGAACGACCACCAUCACCUGCGAAUUUUGUUCAACCGUUCAAGAGGCCUUUGUCAUCAAUGGCACCUACCAUUUUGGUUAAGGGUAAACAGGUAAAGGCAGUGAUAGGCGCAGCUGGAGGAAUUCUAAUACCUGAUGCAGUCACUCAGGUCCUAAUAAACCACUUCAUCCUAAAAAUGGAUCCAUUUACUGCUGUUAGAAUUCCAAGACUUUAUCACAUGCUAUAUCCCGAUGUGGUCUUCCACGAGAAGUUUACAACUAAAGCAGGGCAAUACGAAUAUAAGUCUAAGGUAUUGAACGAGUUGAAAAAGAGAGGCCACCUAUUGCGCGUGUGUUCUAGUUGGACUAUUUGCCAGUUUGUGAUUCAAAAACUAAGUGGUCCGGAUUCCGGGCAGCUUGUUGCUGUUAGUGAUCCCAGAAAAGGUGGUGCUCCAGCCGGAUAUUAACG